AUGGGUGACGAGCGAGUGAAUCAAAAUCUAGAUCUAGCACUAAUGCACACGUACUGGACAAGAUACCAUAAUAAAAUUGCGAGUGAAAUGGCCGGAAUAUAUCCCGAAUGGGAUGACGAACAGCUUUUCCAGGAAACUAGAAGGAUAUUGAUCGCGAUUUAUCAAAAAAUCAUGUUUUACGAUGUUUUCCCAUGGAUUUUAGGUUGUGACAACAUAUGCGAACAUGGUUUGGUAUAUUCUUCUUUGUCACAAAUAGACGAUUACAACAAUACUUGUAAACCAAAUAUCUUGAGCGAGUUCGUACAUGCAGCUUCUAAAGGGCUCCAUGCUAUGGUCCUAAGAAAAUUGGAAUAUUUUAAUGAGAAAAGAAAUGCUUUUAAAGAUAUUUCAAUGAAAGAUUCUUUCUAUCGACCAUAUUCUAUCGAAGAAGAAUCAAAUUUCGAUGCACUGUCGAUUGGACAAACUACGCAAAAUCCGAAUCAUCAAGGCCCUAAUUUCGAAAAUGAUAUGACAAAUUUUACAUACACGGAUGUAUUGAAAUAUGUGUUGGACCUUCCAGCGCAGGAUAUUUGGAGAUCAAGAUGGGCAGGUACUCCGUCUUAUAACGAUAUAAGAUCUGAAUGUGGUUUGAUCAGAGCAACUGAUUUCGAUGAAUUUAGGGACGCGAUUGAUCCACAGAAUAUAGAAAAACUGAAGUCGGUAUAUCGGAAUGUCGAUGAUGUAGAUUUGUACGUCGGUGGACUUUUGGAAAGAAACUAUCCGGGGGCAAAAGUCGGUACAACUUUUUUUUGGAUCUUUAUACAACAAUUACUGCGUUUCCGACAAUGCGAUCGGUUCUGGUACGAGCAUCCCGAAGCGGGAUUCACGAAAAUACAGUUGAAAAUAAUUAAAGGGGUGACUUUAUCUAGUAUUAUGUGCGAAACUGGU